CCAACUUUUGACGAAUUAACUGGAAUAAUAGUUCAAAAUCGAGCAUUGUACAUGUUUUCAUUCGUACACGGUAUAUGAAUUAGUCCGUUCGCAAUUCAAAACAAAGUUACAAAAUAAGGAAUUUUACUAAAUACACAUAAUGAGUCUUGAAUAAACUGUAUAUUUGCGACACACAUAUAAUCUAACAGCUGACUAACAGUUUGAUCACCUAUGAGAUGCUUUGCUUUACUCGAGUUGCACACAUGACAAAUCUCAGCUAACAGCUAAAUGUUUUGUAAAUGUUAGUAUAAUCAUUUCAUAAGCGAGAAUGGUGUCGACAUAUGUGUCCGUGCUGGGGUUAGAAAAGAUUAACGACAAAGUUUGUAGCGUUUGUACUUUGUAGUAUCUAGGCCAUAUCUAGGAGAUCCAGGCGGACAAGCAGGUAUGCGACGGUAUUCAUCAUGCUUCAGCCUUGAGAACAGAUAAAAAAGGAAAUGACUAAUAAGUCUUACGAGAUGUUUUGAACGCAUUUCAGCACGUUAGUUACGAAAUUGGUUCUUUUUACAACCGCAAGGACAAAUGCAACUUAAAACCAGGAAUUCAAGAAUGCAAUAUGUUGGACUUACAGUGGCACGUAUUUUUAAAUCUGAAGUGAUCCAAAAGUGCCAUGCAGUGAGCCACACCAUGUUCAACAAACAUCUUUUUUUAACAAAUGUAGGUAUUUCUCUUACUCUGUCUGGAGUUGGGGACAUACUUCAACAACAUUAUGAGCUCUUACAAGGUGACCAACAGAAAUGGAAUCAUACAAGAACGUUACAUAUGUCAGUUACUGGCAUGACAGUAGGAAUAUUCUGUCACCACACAUACAAAUUGCUUGACAGUUUCUUUCCAGGGAGAACUCUGAAGACAGUGCUGAAGAAAGUUUUGGUGGAUCAACUUGUAACCUCACCACUUUGUAUAACAAUAUUUUUUGUUACACUGGCAUGCCUUGAAAGGUCAAAUGUGAACACAUUUGUGAUGCAACUGAAACAGAAAGGUUGGCGUUUAUAUGUUGCAGAUUGGGUGGUGUGGCCACCAGCACAGAUAAUUAAUUUCUAUUUUUUACCUACAAGAUUCCGUGUGCUAUAUGACAACACAAUAUCACUUGGCUAUGAUGUUUAUACAUCUUAUGUAGCACACGAGAUACCUCUAGAAGUUGAAGCAGAAGUUUGUGAAAACACAGAAUGAAGCAGCUGCUAUUUAGUUGCCAGACAAAUUUAGAACAGCUCAACAUUAAGUUAUGGCACUGUCAGGGUUGUCAUUCAUGAUUAAAUACAACAUAAACCAUAGAACUAUUGUGUAUGUAAGUGAAAUGUUUUAUACCGUAUGCCUGUUAAUUGUAUGGUUGAUGAAUUACGCAUUAUUUUUUAUUUCUAGUGGGGUGGGACUAAGUCCUUGUACUGUGGCCACUUCUGGCCUAUUGUACCAGCCCCA